GCAGUUGCAGGCAGUAAUUUUACUUCGCAAGCUCAGCGUCAACUUAUUUGAUCGAGUUAGACACGUCAGGAGCGCCGAAAAGGCUGUGUAAAUGAUAAUCUGAAGUGUGAAUUCGACUGUGGAGGUGGACUCUCACGCACUGAUCAUGUCACAGUCUGAUUCCUGUGUAUCUGUGUGGAACUGGUUGCGUGUACUUCAUCUUGAUCAGUACUCUGAUGCAUUCUGGGAUGCUGGUCUGACAACAUUACAACAGUGUCGAAACCUCACACCUGAUCAGCUGGAGAGGAUGGGCAUCACAUUGCCGGGCCACCAGAAACGCAUCCUGUCCAGUCUGCAUAAAACCGCCUUUGUUCAUCCUGGUUCAUGCAAUGUGAGGCAGUCUGACACAGACUGUGACUCUGAGGAAGCAGAUGGGGGUCAGAGAUCUGUGUAUUCUCGAGCUCCUCUUAGAGAAAAGCCUUUGCCAAACCCAGCAGAGGAAAACCCCGGCCUUAAGGAAAGGGGCAAACAAAAUGAGGAGGCAGUGAGACCCAUCCCCUGUGAAAGACAAAAACCAGUCCCUAAGGAGAGACGGACGACCAGGAUUAGUGAAGAAAGCAGCAAAGGACAAGACAAACCAGUUCCUGCAGAAAGAGUAGUGGCAUUGAGACAAGGAUAUGAUCAAGAGAGGGAUGUGGGAGAGAUGAAGAGGCCUGUACCUAAAGAGAGGACUCAGUUUCAUUCUGUACCUCCAGUGGGUUCUCACACCAGACCCAUCAUCUCUUCACUGUCAGACUCCACUUUACCCCCGAUCCCCCCACGCAGCACCCCAAACUGCCCUCCGCAGCGUUUCACCUCCACUCUGACCCCUUCAGCCCGCACUCUAACCCCGACUUCACCUAAAACAGACAGCCACAUGGUGGAUACUGGAUUCAUCUUUGAGAGUUCCGCCCCCAUACAGACUCAUCUGCAGACCUCGCUUCAGUCUUGCACAGCUGGUCAACAUUUAAGCAAAGAUGGAGGAAGAAAAAAUUCACCUGUCUCUCCCAGUGUCUCCCUGUCCUCCAUUUCCUCAGUCUCUUCACCUGCUUCAUCAGCAGAAACCAACCAAAAUGAAGGUGCACCACCUCUCCCUCCAAAAAUAGGUGCUGUAGCUAAAGGCCCUCCACCACUCCCUCGAAGGCUUCCUACACAGUCUCCCAAAACUCGAAGCAGUGUUGCCGUUGAUGAAAUGCAGAUGGACCAAAUUCCACAGGUUCCACCUCGCAUCAGGAUGUCCCAAAAUCAAAACAAUGUGCAAGCAUCAGCUCAUUCUGGCAGUCAACCACCUGUGCCUGCUGCGAGGGUCUCCCAACAAACUCAUGAGUCCACAUCUCCAUCAGAAGUGGGUUCACUUGAGGGUAAUUCUGAUGACUAUGAGGAUCCAGACCUGUUUUGCCCUAGCACUGAGGAAAUGCCCCCUGGAACUGAACGGGCAGAAGAAAGGAGCAGUAUGGCUCUUUGUGUAGUGAUGAUGAGCUGUUGGAUGAGGAAGAUUUUGCCAGUAAGGGUGGUGAGUGACGGCUUCAGCAAGCCUUCAUCGCUGCAAGCCAGUGUCGAUCCACCAGACUCUGGCAGACUGGCUUCAGGUGUUAUGGAAAAUGACUCCCAGCAUUGUGCUGUCAUCAAGAUGGGCUGGCUGGACAAGAAUCCACCCCAAGGGGUCCCUUAUUACCAGAGACGAUGGGUAAAGCUAGACGUUGACUACCUGAGAUACUUUAACAAUGAGAAGGAGGUUUAUUCUAAAGGGAUCAUCUCAACAUCUUUCAUCACUAAUGUGGCCUGUGUAGGAGACCUGAAGUUUGAAGUCGUCACAAACAACCGCACAUUUAUAUUCAGGGCGGAAACUGAAGCUGACAGAAAUGACUGGGUGGCAGUGCUACAGGACUGCACUAGAGGGCGCCAUCGGAGCAGCACAUUGAAUCCUGUUUCACCGUUGACUCCUGGCUAUCAGGGCUAUCUGGAACUCAGAGGUUUACGCUCCAAACUCUACACUGUUGUUGCCUCAGAUAAGGUGUUCCUCUACAAAAACAUAGAGGAUUAUCAUAUUGGAGUGGGUAUCACAUCCAUUCAGAUGAAUGUAGGAAAUAUAAAAGUCACAGAUCGUGGUUUUGAUCUGACCACACCAUACCGUGUAUUCAGUUUCCUUACAGAGUCAGAACAGCUAAAGGAUCAGUGGGUGGAUGCCAUGCAGGAAGCCAUUGUUGAGGCCUUGUCUAAUCGCGAGGUGGCAGAGAGAGUCUGGGCCAAGUCGAGCAACAGCUUCUGUGCUGACUGUGGAGCUGACACACCUGAAUGGGCAGCCAUCAACUUGUGUGUGGUGGUCUGCAAACAAUGUGCAGGAGAACACAGAGGACUAGGUCCCAGUAUCUCGAAGAUUCGCAGUCUAAAGUUGGACAGAAAAGUUUGGACAGAGGAGCUAAUACAGUUGUUCCUGUUGCUCCGCAAUGAUCGGUCUAACACGUUCUGGGCAGCGAACGUUCCACCAAGUGAAACUCUCACACCCUCCAGCUGCAGUGAGGAUAGAAGGCGGUUCAUCACCAAUAAAUACCACCAGGGCAAAUACCGGAAGUACCAUCCCCUGUAUGGAAACCAGAAGGAGCUUAACAAUGCACUGUGUAUAAAUGUACAGUCCAGUGAUGUGCUAGAGACACUGAGCUUGAUUUUCUGUGGUGCUGAUGUCAAUUGUUCAACUGGUAUGGCCAAGUGGCCCUCCCCUCUUUCCCUGGCCAAUGCACAUUCACAACGUCUUCAAGCUGAGUUACUGAGCCACAAUCUUAACACAGAGCUACCUCGGUUAGAAGUGGGCAGAGCCAUGGAGGCGGUACAUUAUUCACCACCACAUUAUGUAUCUCAUAAUGGCUUUCUCUUCAAGACUGGAUCUAUGGCUCGAGCUGUCACAGAAUGCAAGGCUCGAGAGGAGUUCAGUCGCCGCUGGUGCACACUGAAUGAUGGUGUUUUCAGUUACUAUGAAAGUGACAGGAACUCAAACCCAAAUGGAGCACUUAAGGGUUCAGAAAUAGUCUGCUUGGCUGUUCAUACACCAAAGAAACAUGGGUACGAGCAUACCUUUGAACUCUACUCUGAGUCAGAGCGUCUCUAUCUGUUUGGCACUGAUGACCCAGACACCCACAAGGAAUGGGUCAAGUCACUUGCCAAGACCUUCAUCCCAGCCCAUGCUGAGCCUCUAGUGAGGUUGAAUUUUGAGCGGAUUGGGCGACUCAAGUGUAAAGACGGCUUGAAUCUACAAACAUCUAAGAUUGGUUGGUUUGCUCUAGUGGGCUCGUCACUUUUCACCUAUCUGGAGGACAGCAAAGGAGAGGAGAUUCACCUCCGCAAACUCAAUGAACUUUCAAUCCAACAGGAGGUGCUGGUUCUAGUGGAGCGAGGCAGAACUCUCUACAUUGAGGGGGAGAGGAAGCUGGAUUUUUCUGGUUGGUGUGGAGCCAUCAAGACAGCAGCGGGGAGCGGAGGAGACACACUGAGCCAGCAGCAGCUCACAGACACAGACAUACCGGUCAUAGUGCACAGCUGCAUCGGCUACAUCACACAGUGUGGCUUGACUUCUGAGGGAAUCUAUCGUAAGAGUGGUGUAAAUUCCCGUGUGGCAGCGUUGUGUGAGGCAUUCCGCCAAGAUGCUCGCAGUAUUCGUUUGAAGGAAGGAGAACACCAGGUGGACGAUGUUUCCAACACGCUGAAACGUUUCUUCAGGGAUAUACAAGAAGGGCUGUUCACAGCUGAGGCUGCCAGUGCCUGGCUAAGUACUGCUUCCCUGCAAGAAGACAGUGUGAAAAUCUCAGAGUAUAAGCUGCUCUUGAACAGACUGCCUCAGGUCAACAAGGCGACACUACAAGCGCUCAUCAACCACCUCUAUUGUGUGCAACGUUUUUCUGAGCUGAACCAAAUGAAUCUCCACAACCUGGCAAUAGUGUUUGGUCCCACACUGUUCCAAACCGAUGGUAAGGACUACAAAGCCGGCCGCGCCAUAGAGGACCUCAUCCAGCACUACACGCUCAUCUUUGAGGUAGAUGAGCAGCAGUUGAAGAAGCAGUUAGAAGAGAUCACUGUUAUUAUUCAAGUGCGGGAGAAACCGAACAUGAAGUUUCCUAGUAGUGCACCUGGUGGUGACAUCAUCUGUACAGUGUAUCUCGAGGAAAAAAAGGACACGGCAGAACAACAUGUUAAGGUUCCUGGUUCUAUGACAGCAGCAGAACUGACAUGUGAGAUUCUGGACAGACGCAAGAUACGAGUCAAUGACAAAGAGUACUGGGGCUGUUGGGAGGUCAACGACAAGGAAGAAAUGGAACGCCCACUGCACUAUCAGGAGCGAGUCUUACCCAUCCUGCACUCCUUCGGCACAGAUUCCCAUCUUGUUGUUAAGAAACAUGUCACAAUGGAGCUGUUGAUCAACUACCUGGCCACGAAAAUGGAUGUGACCAAACAUGGGAUUAUGAAGUUCAGAGAGGAGCGGAGCAUCUUGGGUUUGGGACGGUCUUCUGGAAGCUUCCAUGACAGAUACUUCAUUCUUAAUGCCAACUCUCUAAGAAUGUACAAGGAUGUCAGGAGUAACCGUCCAGAGCGGGAUUGGCCAGCGAAGAACCUAAAAGUCUAUCUGGGUAUCAAAAAGAAAAUCCGUCCUCCAAAUUGUUGGGGAUUGACGGUGGUCUUUGAGACUAAGAAACAAGAGAAACCAGAGAAGCAGCAGUGGUAUCUGUGCUGCGAUUCUGAGUCAGAAAUGAGGGAGUGGUUCGCUACUUUUCUCAGUAUCCAGUAUGACGGUGACAUGUGGCCCGUGCACGGAUUGCAGCAGAACUGUGUAAGGAGUGUGUUGCCAGACACUCAUCAUGGUAAUGUGUCACUGAUACCACUGCGUGGCAGUGAGAAUGAGAUGCGGAAGAGCGUAGCUGCUUUUAGCCAAGACGCACUUGCUGUGGGUGAGCGAACCAAUCACCGGGACUAAUCCAGGAAAACCAUGCAGCUGUCUGAAGCUGCUUCAGAAUCACUCAUUCAUGCUGUGGUCCAAGCCCCCAACCCUGAUCCUCAAUCAACACCAGAAUAUAUUUACUCUGAUCUUGUAGCUUGUCUGAAAUUGGAAAUUAAACCAUAUAAUGACCUUAAAUGUGUACCGUAUGCUAACAAAAUGAAGUCACUUCUUAUUAAAGUAUCAGUUUUCAUGGGUUAUAGUUAGAAGGUUGUUAAAUAAAAAAGAAACAAACAUGCACACUUGGUAAUUUUUGAUACACUUUAAUAUCCUUGAUCAUUAAAGGGUUCAUAUUAGACAAGAUUUGGUCAACCUAAUAUAUUUCACUAAUGUAAUUCACUAAGUCUUAAAGCAGCUAUCAAAGGUUGUAACAAAAACCCACAAACACUGAGGUUACACAUCCUACAGACACAGAUUUAAAGGUCUCUAAGAAACUGUUUCUGUGCCUGUUGCUUUAAUUGGAAAGGAGCUGCUGCUGGCCACGCCCUCUCUCCCUUCUGAGACAGGACAGCUCUAAUCCCUUGAUCACAGUAGCUUCAAAUUUAGAAGAACAAAAAAAAAAAUCGUGAGAUUUGGCAGUUACAGUUUUUAAAAAGGCAAAGUGACCAGCUGCCAUCUGUAUUCUGUCAGAAUGGGGAUGUUACAGUGCCAAGAGAUGUGCAG